CGACCGCCUUCCUCUCGCUUUCUCGCCACAAGUUUCGCCGAAAGGACUUUAGACUGAGCGGGGAUGGAGGUACCGAACGCCUGCUUGUGCUGUUUGCUGCUGAGCAUUUUGGGAGGAUCGACCGUUGGAUUGGAGAUAACAUCCACAGGGCUGACAUCUAUUGAGAAAGCCAGUGGCGAAAGCGUAAAACUGGUUUGCAUGUUCAAUUUAAGCCCUGUGGAUUCUGGCCCGCUGGAUAUUGAAUGGAGCCUGCUCUCCUCUGACAACCAGAAGGAAGACAAAGUGGUGAUCCUGUACUCGGGUGACAGGGCCUACGAGGACUACUAUGCCCCCAUGAAGGGUAGAGUUCACUUCAACUCUGCUGACCCCAAAAACGGCGACGCCUCCAUCAACCUGACAGACCUGAAGUCAUCGGACUCUGGCACCUACCAGUGUAAAGUGAAGAAGGCUCCUGGCAUUCGCAGCAGAAAGAUGCUGCUGAUUGUCAUGGUGAAGCCAUCCAAGCCCAGGUGCUAUGCUGAAGGACUCACACAGGAGGGUAAAGACGUUGUCCUAAGGUGUGCUUCAAACGAGGGCACCAAACCCAUGCAAUACAGCUGGGAGAAGACCAGUGACGGAAAGGUGCUGCCUGCUUCCGCUGUGAUGGACCCAAUGGGAGGUACCAUAAAUGUGAGAAACGCAUCUGCCAGCGCAUCUGGCACCUACCGCUGCACUGCCACCAACCGGGUCGGGACUGAAGAAUGUAUACUCUAUCUCAAUGUCACACCUCCUCCCAAUACUGCUGGCAUCAUUGCAGGAGCCAUAAUUGCUGUACUGCUGAUCCUCAUCAUUAUUGCCAUCAUACUCUUCUGCUGUUGCCGUGCCCGACACAGGAAGAAGUAUGAGAAGGAAAUCUGCAAUGAGAUAAGAGAGGACGUGCCGCCUCCCAAGAGUCGCGUUUCAACAGCGCGCAGUUUCACCGUGGGCAGCCAGCGCUCCUCUCUGGGCUCCAUGUCACCUUCCAACCUGCACGAGUACGCCCUCAAGCCCCAGUACGACAAGAUUCCCUCGUCGGAAGAAGACCGACCCCCGAGCCACACGCCUUUGCCCCCGCCGACCGCUCCCAGGAUGGCGGGGCCCAACCUCAGUCGCAUGGGUGCCAUCCCCGUCAUGAUCCCUGCCCAGAACAGGGACGGCUCAAUCGUUUAACGUGGCCUCCUCUUGCGAAGGGACUGUACAACAAAGGGGAGGGAAGAGAUGAAGGGAGCGGGUCAAAAACCACUGAAGAUAAAGCUGGCGCUUGCCUGACUUGCUCUUGCAUACAAAUGAGAACUUGCUCCUCCAAUGAAGACCUGACUGCUGUGGUGCUGAGAAGAGAAUUGAAUUUUACUGAAAUCACACCAGAGCACAUAGACUUUUUGGAAUCAAUCACAAUUUAGAAACAUUUAUGAAUUUGACUUCCUGGACUUUCUCGCUGAAACAUGAACUGUAGCACAGUGGUCAAUAUAGAAAUGUAUUGUGUGAGGAUGGAUUUUUUUAAUUUUAAUUUUAUUUUUAUUCCCCCGACCCCCAUAAUAUAGUUGUCCCUUGAUUUAAACAUACUGUAUGUUCAGAAAAGAUCCGGGAGCGUCUGCGCAUCAUUAUGAGUGCGUGUGUGUGUAUAUCGAACGUGUGUCUGUGUGGAUAAAUGAACAGUUCAGCCCGACAGGAUUCAUACGCUGGCCAAAUUUAUUUGGAGAAUGGGAUCUUCUGGCUGUAAAUGACAAGGAUUUGACAAAAUACGCGUAAAGAUCAAUUUUGUACAACAAUGGAAAUGAAAAUGUUUAAUAGCUCUACCGCAACUUGCAGGCUUUUGGCUCAUUUUUGUGUAAUUUCCAGCCAAAAGAUAACAAGUUCUUGGGUGUGAAUAAUUUUGGGAUUAACUGUUGUAUGUACAGUAUGUAUGUCUGAAUUCGUAAAAUGUAUAGCACAUUUUUGUUUUGUUUUUCACAAUUUCUUGACUUUUUUUGGUUUUUGUUUUAGCAAAAGAGUCUUUACUAGCUUCCGGCUAACUUUCAAUUAAAAUGAUGACUAAAUGAGAUACUAUGAGCUUUGGAAAAUUACAAACACUAAUACAAAGGAUCCCAGUCCGUUCUAGGUUACUAUGUUUUUUUGUUGUUGUUUUUUUAAAUGGCCGAUCUGAAAAGGGAAGGGUCGCAAUUGGCUCUCGGUGAGUGGGGGUUCAAGCGUCGUUACUGUGUGAUUGGUUGGAUUACUGCGUCUUGAACAAGCUUAAAAAACAAUACUGUUUUCAGCCCCCCUCAACACAAGCACACACACACAUUUACCUCCUCCAGAACCUUCAGAGAAGGGGGGAGGUGGACAACGAGGUUCACUGAGCAAUUAGCUUUGAAUGUGUUUGAUGACCAAAGGACCCUAACCCCUCUGGCCAGCAGCACACACACACACACACACACACACGCACACACACUGUGUGUAUUAGCAGACCGGUCUUCAUUUAUCAUCUGUUGCAGUAGCAGCCCCCCCAAUCUGUGUAAUCCUCCUUAUGCGCAGUUUCAUUCCAAAGAGCGAGGGUCUUGAUUAACCUUCUCGCCACGCUCAAUAUGUAACCAGUCAUGGCUUCUGUAGCGUGAAUUGAGCUAUUUUAAUGAAGCAUGCGCACCCUCGGAACGCUCACCGCUAAGAGAGGAAAACCCGUGGUAAGAUUACAGCAGGAUUUGUAUCCACUUUGGUUUAAGCCCACAUGCAACAAUAUAUAUGAAUGCCAGAUGAAUAUAAGUGGCCGUUCUGGUAGGAAAGUUGGAAUGCUUAAGAGGGCAAAUAGUUUACUUUCUGCUCCAGAGCCUUAUUGUGUUCCUUCUUUUAAGAACCUUCUGCUUUGCACAGCCCUGACAGCCGGCUUCUGUUGUGCCUUGUUGUCCCAGUUGUAGCACAUCCACACCACUGUGGUCACUUACGUGUACUAGCAUCGUCCUCAACGGCCGCUGUGGUCCACAAUAUAAUAUUCUCUCCACCGCUAAUGCUGCUCAAGUGUAGCAUUUCUAAUGUCCACUCUGUGCAUACAACAUUAAACAGGUUUCUCAUUUUUACUUUCCCAAAUGUGUUUUUAUUGUAUUUUUUUUUUUUUUUUUUAAGUG